AGUGAGUGGGGCAGGGACACACUGACGCUCUUGUCACCUGGAGGAAUGAGAAUGACACGGAUACCUGCCGGAUGCUUCUGAAAACUUCUACAGGCAACCAGAAUCUGUGUCCUAACAACGCGUCACACCUGGAGCCAAGGAAGAAAUACUGCUUUGCCGUGUGUCCUCCAGAGUCAAAUUCAACUCUGUGUGCACAGAGUGACCCAGAUGCCGCCAUCUCUGCACACGCCACCACACUCGACCCUCGGUCCCGAGACAUCUCAGUCCUGCUCCUUGGGCUGUCGCCCGGGUUGGAGUAUAACGUCACGGUGUUUUCGCGGACGGCAAAUGGCACGGAGGGACCACCGCAAAUUACCAGCUUUACCACGAAGUCUGGUCAAGUUUUUAACCUCACGGCAGUGGACAUCCAGGCCACCAACCUGACUCUGAGCUGGGAACUGAGGCAAAACGCCUCAUCAUCCAACUAUUCCUACCAUGUACUAGUUGUCCCGGUGACCGGCAACAGCAAUUUCACCACCAAUGACACCUCUACUGUCAUCACCGGGCUCCAGUCCAGCACCUUCUACAACAUCACAGUGUGGCCGGUGUUGGAUGGGGACUCCCAGGGCUUGCCUGGCUCUCUGCAGCUGUAUACCCUCCCUCUUCCAGUUUCUGACAUCCGAGUGGUGAGCGUCAACACCACGAAAAUUGGCUUGGCUUGGAACAGCAAUAACUCCACUCAGUUUAAGAUCGUUGUCAGAGACCUAAGCAAAGGAAGUGAAAUUCAGAAGAUAACCACCAACCAAACUACCAUCAUCAUCGAUGACUUACUGCCUGGAUAUUUGUAUUCGUUUGAAAUAAUUCCACAGGGACCGAAUAGAACAGAAGGGAUGCCAGAAACAAUCCACUGUAGGACUGAGUAUACUGCCGUGUCUGACAUCCAAGUGACCAACUUUACCACAACCACGAUGUCAUUGAGUUGGCAGAGCAAGGACUAUGCCUCUGAGUACACCUACCAUCUGCGUAUCAGGUCAGACAACAGGUCCAUCGACAAGAAGACCUCUGACAAGACGUUCUUUCUUGAUGAUCUGAGCCCCGGCACCUUGUAUAACAUCACCAUCUACCCAGAACUGAAGCACGUGCCUGGCAAUGCCAGCUCCAUCAGCCAUUACACACGGCCCAGCCAAGUGUCCGACAUUGAAGUGAGCACCAACACCACAGAGGCCGCCUUAGCGUGGCAGAACCGGGAUGCUGCUGCCGCCACGUACAGCUACUCCGUUGUUCUUGAGAAGGAUGGCUUGAACGUAACCCAGGAAACCAGCAUUGGCGUCACCCAGGUCAUCUUCAGCGGAUUAGUACCCGGCUCUGGAUACACCAUCAAGAUCUUCACGCAGGUGAACUGGACCACCGAGUCAGAGCAGCCUGGCUCCCUGUCAUUCUGCACAGAUCCCGCACCUGUCACCCUCUUCUUCUGCGAGGCGGUCCCCCAGAUGCCGACGCUGGAUCUCAAGUGGGACUGCCCCAAUGGCACCAGCGAGGGCUUCGAGCUGGAGGUCCGCAGUGGCGCCUGGAGCAACGUCAUGACCCUGGACGGCUGCACCUCGGGGAACACCACCACCAAGACCGGGGUGGACGUUCAGCACUUGAAUUUUUCUACCUCGUACAACAUCAGCAUCACAACCUUGUCCUGUAACAAGUCGGCACCACCCGCCCAGAAAGGCUGCCUUACAGGCAUCACAGACCCCCCUCGCCCAAAGAUCUCCCCCAAUAUUACAGCUGUCAGUCACAAUUCACUCAAGGUCAAGUUCAGUGGGUUCGAAGCCAGCCACGGACCCAUCCAAGCCUACGCCCUCGUCCUCACCACUGGUGGAGUAGAGAACGCCUCUGCAUAUGACUUGAAAUACACGUAUGAAGAUUUCAAGAAGGGGAACUCGGAAGCAUACGUGACGUACCUCCUCACAGUGGAGGAGAAGCGCCGCUCCCCGGGCCUGCUGGAAGCCUCCAAAUACGAAGUGGACGUGGGGAACGAGUCGAUGACGCGCGGCUACUACAACGGGAAGCUGGAGCCGCUGGGCUCCUACCGGGCUUGCGUGGCCGGCUUCACCAACAUCACCUUCAAGUCGCACGACAGACUCAUCAAUGGGCCCGAGAGCUACGUAUCCUUCAGCCCCUGCUCGGAGGCGGUGUUCCUGCCGCAGGACCCAGGUGUCAUCUGCGGAGCAGUUUUUGGUUGUAUCUUUGGUGCUCUGGUUAUCGUGGCCGUGGGAGGCUUCAUCUUCUGGAGGAAGAAAAGGAAAGAUGCGAAGAACAAUGAGUUGUCCUUUUCUCAAAUCAAGCCCAAAAAAUCCAAGGUGAUUCGAGUGGAGAACUUUGAGGCCUACUUUAAGAAGCAGCAGGCUGACUCCAACUGUGGCUUUGCAGAGGAAUAUGAAGACCUGAAGCUCAUUGGAAUCAGCCAACCAAAAUUCGCAGCCGAGCUGGCCGAGAACAGAGGAAAGAACCGCUACAAUAAUGUUUUGCCCUAUGAUUUUUCCCGUGUCAAGCUUUCCAUCCAGACCCAUUCGACAGACGAUUACAUCAACGCCAAUUACAUGCCCGGCUACCAUUCCAAGAGGGAUUUCAUUGCCACUCAAGGACCUUUGCCCAACACUUUGAAAGACUUUUGGCGUAUGGUCUGGGAGAAAAACAUAUAUGCCAUCAUUAUGUUGACCAAGUGUGUUGAACAGGGGCGGACUAAGUGCGAAGAGUACUGGCCCUCCAAGAAGGCGCAGGAGUACGGGGACAUCACUGUGGCCAAUACCGCGGAAAUCGUUCUCCCGGAAUGGACCAUCAGGGACUUCACAGUGAAAAAUAGCCAGACGAGUGAGAGCCACCCUCUGCGACAGUUCCAUUUCACAUCCUGGCCGGACCAUGGGGUCCCAGACACCACCGAGCUGCUCAUCAACUUCCGGUUCCUGGUGCGAGACUACAUGAAGCAGAUCCCACCAGAGUCGCCAGUGCUGGUGCAUUGCAGUGCCGGGGUCGGAAGGACAGGUACCUUCAUUGCCAUUGACCGCCUCAUCUAUCAGAUAGAGAACGAGAACACCGUGGACGUGUAUGGGAUUGUGUACGACCUUCGCAUGCACAGGCCGUUAAUGGUGCAGACAGAGGACCAGUAUGUAUUCCUCAAUCAGUGUGUUUUGGAUAUCAUCCGAUCCCAAAAGGACUCCAAAGUCGACCUGAUCUACCAGAACACCACUGCAAUGACAAUCUACGAAAACCUGGCGCCUGGGACCACAUUCGGAAAGACGAACGGUUACAUCGCCUGAUUCCAAAGCAGAAUUUUUUUUUUUCUGUCGUGGAGCAGAGCACCUCACCCGCAGCAAAGGAAGGCACCCCAUGGGGACGUGUUUUUCUGUGUCUAAUAUCUUAAUUCUUUGUUCUGUUUUGUGCAAACUGAUUUGCUGGAGUUGGAGCCGUGCCUGGCAAACUUGACAAGGGAGAAACAGGGGUUCUGAGGGGCUGUGGGCGGGCAGUGAGCGAGCCGGUGACGUUCCUGAUUGCCCAUGGGAUGAGGUUCACUUUGUUUUUUUGCUUUGUUUUGUUUUGUUUUCUUGAGAAUUACAGGAAACCAGGAAAAGUGAGCUAUGAUUUUCUUUUUCCUUUUUUGAAACAGCUUCUUUUUUUUUUUUUUUAACAAAAAGACUAUUUUAUAUGAUCACGUGCUAAAGCCAGGAUUGCUUUGGGUUGAAUCUAUUUUCCGUAUCAGAGGUCUAUUUUUACCUACUGUAUCUUGGAAUCUAGCGGCUGGAGCUGGCAUUCUUGGGGAGGAUCGUGGAGGGGACGUGGGGAGAGAUUAUCUCCCGCCUGGGUUUUCUAUUUGAACAUGUGCCUUUUCUGAAUUAUGCUUCCGCAGGCAAAACUCAGUAGAAAUCUCUAUUUUUGUACUGAAUCUCGUAAUUGGGAUAUGCGGACUAUUUAAAUGGUAGCUUAGUAUCAGAGGUUCAGCCUCUUCCAAGACAUUCCUGUUCUCCUUGGACUCAAGGAGGCUCCCCCACCCCCACCCCUUAAUGUCGUGCUCUUCUCCCCCGCCAGUUUCCUGUAAAGAACCACCUUGUCAACCCCAUUGGGUGAGUGAGAGUGGAAACCAAGUAUCACCUUGAAAUUUCUGGGGCAGAGGACACCGAGGCCAGCCCCUGUGUCCUCCCCAGUGAUGUAACCUCUUUUUCUUGUCCCCCCUCCCCCCGUUUUUUUUUUUUUUCUCAUUUCUGUCUUUGGUAAGAAGGAUUAUUUAAAGGUGCAAUAUGUGACUUUUAGUGAUCACGACGCUCUAGGUUUUUAGUGAUGAUUUACUCAGGUUGGCAUUUUAUGUGUCUGUGUGUGUGUGUGUGUCUGUGUGUGUCUCUGUGUGUGUAAAAGUGUGGCGAUCUGUGAACACGGCAGUGUGACUCCCUCUUCCCCGCAAGUCUGUAUCUGCAGUCAGUGAUCCCUGCUGGCAUCUACUGUAUAUAAAUAUACUAAACUCUCCAGUCAUUCCUUUGAAUUGAGGUGUACAAAGUUGGAAUUUGUAUCAAAGAUGUAAUUAUUAUUUUUAAGACCUCUUUUCAAUCUACUGCUGCUGUAAUUACUUUGAUUUUUUUUAAAUUGUAGAAUAAUUUUUUUUGGGGGGGUGGGGGCUUCAGGUGUAUAUCCACCAAGAAUUUCAGAAUUUAUGUGGAUUUUAUUUCAUUGGUACAUAUCUGUAAAUUUCUCCAGGCAUUAACAUGAAAGGAUUUGUUUCUUUUGAUUCUA